CGCUGAGCGUGAAGUCGUGUUUUUGAUAUGUUCACUUAUUCUCCCUAAGCAGAAAUGUCGCAAAGGUACUACAACCAGAUGUGGGCAGACGCCCAGCACGAGCUGAGUGAUCUCUUGGCAGAAGAACUACCCGCUGAGCCCCUAUCCCCUCAGAAAGACAGGGUGGUCUUUGUCCAGAGAGUGGCCACGCUUUAUGUGCGUUACAUCCAGAUCUGCAGGAAACUGGUGGAGGUCCAUGACCUGUUGCUCCACCCCCAGAAGAGACGGGUUGUUCGGGCAUCUCUUGAUGCUGUGAUGGGCAGGGUGCUGGAGCUGAAGAAUGAAAUGGUUGAAAAGGAGUUUUCAGAGUACCAUUAUAUGGACGAUAUCCUUUACGCCCUGAAACUCACACCUGCAAAACUUGAAAUCCCCAUCCCUCACUACUUUCUUAACGAUGUCAGCAAAACAGCCCAAGACAGAAAAGGGAUGCUGAUGGAUAUCUUUAAAAUGAUGGAGGCUAUUAAAAGCCUUGAUUCAGUGACGCUCGAGGAAAUGACUCAAGAAGAGGCCAUAAAAAUCAUUCAGAGCGCAGAGAGGGCACGACAAGGACGUCUGAGAGCAAAAUUACUUCAGGAAAUCUCAAGGUCCAAGAGGAAGGAUGCUGAAACAGCUGACACCAUCUCUGCAGCCAUCUGCAUCCAGAAGGCUUGGAGGAGCUACAUUCAGAGGAGGAAGACACAACAUGAGGAGAGGAUUUUUCUGGGAAUGGUUAUGGAUUCAAAAUAUCUGGAGCCUUGCCCAGAYGAGAUCGCUGUCCUAGCUGCUGAAGCAGACACUCGCAUCAAACAAAAAGAGUACGAGGAAGCUUACCAAAAAUCUGUGCAAUUAGUUGUCAACGAGCUGAGAGAAAUGGAGGCUUAUGACAUGAGCCUGACCCUGAAAAGUCAGAUUCAACAGUGGUUCUUUGAAUGCCGUAACGCUACAGGAGCGUUCCCAGAAUAUCCAAGCGAAGAGGACGGAGGAUCUUCCCUCAUCUUUGAAGAAAAGACUCCCGAGCAGUUGAAGACAGAAAUUGAUGAAAAUGAAGAAAAGCCCAUCAGCAGAAACUACAGCAGCAAAUCAAAAAAGACUGAAGGAAAGGAGAAGUUGAAGAAGGGUGUUGAGGCAGAGGAAGAGGCCGGCCUGAAGAUGCUGCCGUCUGCUUUCCUGCCAGAUUUGGAAGCAGGAAACAAGUGAAUAUAGUUACCUCGGGACCACACUGAGACAAAAUGACAUUGAACCCAUGCCGUCAUUAUCAGAUGUCCGACAAGUCUUAUCUUUAUACGCAGUCUUACCGUUAGGCUCUCCUGCGGUCCAUGAGAAGGCUCCUUUGAUAAAAGCCUUACUACUGGUCGGGCCAUCAGGUGUUGGUAAGAAGAUGCUGGUCCAUGCCAUCUGCCAGGAGACYGGGUCCACCCUGUUUGAUUUGUCCCCCCUGAACACAGCAGGAAAGUACCCAGGCAAGGACGGGCUCGCCAUGAUGCUUCACAUGGUGUUCAAGGUUGCAAGACUUCUGCAGCCAUCAGUAAUAUUGAUUGAAGACGCAGAAAAAAUGUUCUACAAAAAGACUCCCGCUGCAGAAACAGAGCUGGACCCCAAACGUCUGAAAAAAAACCUGCCCGAGUUGCUCAAGCUGAUUAAAGGAGAAGAUCGUGUCCUUGUUAUAGGGACCACUAAAGACCCACACAGUGCUGAUGUGGAGUCAUUGUGUAAAAUGUACACCAAAAUCAUCCUCAUCCCAAGACCUGACUACAGCUCAAGAUAUGUUUUGUGGAAGAAACUGAUCAUGAAGGAAGGAGGUGAGGUAACAUUUGCUUUGGACCUCAGCUCUCUUGCAAAGAACUCCGAUGGCUACACUCCAGGUCACAUGGUCCAGGCCAUCAGGAGCGUGCUUACCAAGAAACGCAUCCUGCAGCAGGCCAGGAAACCACUGACUGCUAGAGAGUUCAUCCCUGCGCUGGCCAAACUGGACCCCGUGUUUCAGGAGGAGGAGGAGGCGCUAAAGAGCUGGUAUGCCAAGACACCUCUAGGAAAAAAGAGAAUCAAAGCUGCAGCCGGAAAGGAAGAAGAGUUGCCACCGCCACCUAAAGGCAAAACUACAAAGACAAAAAAGAAAAAAUAAGUUUGUUUUUUGUCCGUGAUUCGAGAUUCAAGUGAYGUUAACACUGUUCAGAUCACAUGUUGGGUAGAUCAAUAAAAAUUUGACAUAUAUGUAUA